AUGGCGACCGAACAGCCACUUUCAAGUGUCAUUUCGAAGCACCAAAACGAUCGAAUCACUUAUUCCUCCCUCGAUAUUCGGAGCAAUGCCCUUGCUCGGGGGUUUGAGUCCGUCGGCGUCAAAAGGGGCGAUCGCGUAGGAGUCAUGCUGGGCAACUCGAUGGAAUUCGCAAUUGUGACAUAUGCUCUGUUCAAACUCGGAGCUAUCUUGGUGCCUUUGAACCCUUCAUUCAAUUCCACUCAAGUUGCAUCAGCAUUGUGCCAUCUGGACUCCAGUCAUCUUAUCAUCAGCACAGGAUCCAAUCUACCCCGCAAAGAUCCCCGCAGCAACACUCCUCUACUCAACCAUCUGGUAGACCCUUCUAGCUUGAAAGUGGAAUCGGAUCUAGUCCCAUCCUUGAAACAGAUCAUUCUUAUCGACAAUUCAUCCGGUCGCAUAGAUACAUCUGCUUACAAGAGCUUGACACCAUUUGAAUCUAUUAUGUCGGAGCUGCCAGCAGAUGGACAUGCUUUACCCAACCAGGGUCUUUCUCCAACCGACAUUGUGAAUAUUCAAUUUACAUCUGGGACAACUGCGAUGCCGAAAGCAGCAUGCCUGACCCAUCGCUCAAUUCUGAAUAACGGCUCGCAAAUCGGCGACCGCAUGCUCUUAACCCCACAAGAUAUCGUCUGCUGCCCACCACCCUUGUUUCAUUGCUUUGGCUGUAUUUUAGGGUAUAUGGCAACGGCAACACAUGGCUCGGCCCUCGUUUUCCCCACGGAAUCGUUCAAUGCCCGCGCAGCGCUAAAGGCAGUACAAGAGGAAAAAUGUACAGCCCUCUACGGUGUUCCGACAAUGUUCAUUGAAGAGCUUGGUCUUAUUGAAACGGGAAAAAUCUCAGGUGAUGGCUUUCAGUAUCUACGAACUGGCAUUGCGGCUGGAAGUAGUAUACCGGCAGAACUCAUGAAGAAGCUACACAACGUUCUCAACUUGACGGAGUUGACUAUUUGCUACGGAAUGACUGAGACUAGCCCUGUCUCUGCAAUGACUACAACAGAUGAUCCCAUUGAGAAGCGCAUUCAUACGGUUGGACGACUCAUGCCACACGUUGAAGCCAGAGUUGUGAAUCCAGUAAAUAAGAAUGAGGUUCUUCCUAUUGAGACGUGCGGCGAGUUAGCUGUCAGUGGGUAUCUAUUGAUGGAAGGGUACUGGGGUGAUCCCGAGAGAACAGCAGAAGUGAUGAUCGCAGAUGAGACUGGGAAGCUUUGGAUGCAUACUGGAGACGAGGCCUCGAUGUCAAAGGAUGGAUAUAUUACAAUCACAGGUCGAAUCAAAGACUUGAUCAUUCGCGGUGGAGAGAAUAUUCACCCAUUGGAGAUUGAGAAUUGCUUACUAGCACAUCCGGGCAUUGCUGAAGUGUCGAUAGUUGGGAUUCCGGACGAGAGAUAUGGUGAGGUCGUCGCCGCCUUCGUCGUUUCUCGAGAGCAAGGUCCCAAAUCUAUCACGAAGGAAGAGAUCCAGCAAUGGGUCCGCGAAAAGUUAAGCAAUCAUCUCGUCCCCAAAUACAUUUUCUUUCUCGCACCGUCGGAGACCUUUCCAAAGACAGCAAGUGGAAAGAUACAGAAAUUCAAACUACAGGAACAAGCCAUAAAGCUACUGGCAGAAGACGCCAAAGCCUUAUUGAUUAAAAAUGCGGAGGAAAGUCAAACAUCGGACGCAUCAGCAUCUUGA